UGCAUCUGCUGGUCUUUCAAAUGGUGCUUCAAACCCAAACGCAUUCGUGUGCGAAUCAAAAUGUAUUGGCAGAGACCGAAAUAAAGUGCACAAGGCUGGCCGCCGAUUGAUAAAAGAUAAAAAUAAAGAGAUCGGUCUCUCUUUUUAUGCGGAAUGUUCGCUCGCAUUCGCUUGUAAAAUCUCGAAGGGAACGCGUGCACUUCGAAGCACCGAAACAAUCCAAGGUGAUUACAUAAAGCCUUCACAGACGAAACCAUGCAGAAGGCCAUCAAGAAGGAGCUCAGCUUCUCGCUGGACACGCUGGAACGCUACCGGGCGAAGUACGGACGCAGUGCAUCGCUGGACACAAAUGGGUCAACUUCGAUUGCCCACACAAACGGGGAGCCGGCUCCUCCUCCGCCAGCUCCACCCUCGAUCUUCACAAAGUCGAUGUCGCCGCCAAAGAUGACCAAGCUGCAGGAGCUACAACAGAAGAAGGAGGCCUACAUGCGGGCCAGGGAGCACGAGCGGGAAAUGGAGCAGCUGCAGCGCAUGGAGAGGAGGUCCACAAACGGCCUGGAUACGCCCAAGCCAAAGGUGGGCAGUCCCAAGAGCACCUCGCCCGCUCCCAAUGCCAGUUCCUCAACCGCUUCCUCAACAACUGCUGCUGCUGCUGCAACUACCAAAUCCUCCAGUACAGCUGGCUACUCCAACUGGUCGAAUCAGCAUGCCACUCUGUGCUCUCAGUCCUGGGUGGCCAUCUCUGAGCUGAUGUACUUCUGCGACAAGUACGAGUUUACUACGCUCAGCACGCGAGAUCUUCGAACGCACCAGGAGAUCGUGGCCGAAGUGAGAGCUCUGCUCUCCGGAAAGGCGCCUUUCGAUCAGCGCACCCGCUUUCCGGGCAACAUCCACGAUCCGGAGAACUUGUGGGUCUGCAUCGGCCGCUGUGCCAGCGUGGAGUACCAUCUGCAGCGCAUCGUCAGCAUCUUCCGGAAGCCCCUCAAUCAGCUGACGCCGGACAAACAGCGAACAGUGCGCCAGAACUUCCACCUGGCGGUCAGUGAGCUCCGGCUGGACAUCUCGGCGAGGAUAAGCGAGGUGCGGCUCUACGAUCGCCUGGUCUUCGAGCGUGAAUUCCGGCUGGAGUGGCAGGAAGCGGAGGCCUAGGAGCUGCAAGGGAUUACAAGAUCAGUGGGUGGAUAGUAACGUUUAUUGGCAACUCUUCGCUCUGUCUGCGGUGCGCGGUGGAAAAAACGGUUACAAAAAUACACUUGGACACGGGAGUUCGGGAGCAUGAAGCGCAAGGACGGGCCACUUGGUGUGCCAAACGCUCCAUUCAACCAUACAUGUAAGAGGUACUGCUUUAACUGAUAAUGAUUAUGAAUUAUUUUGGCUUUGAAAAAUAAAGCUAAGUUAAGACUGGCAAGAACACAUUUGAAAAUUUACAACAAAGUUCACAGAUAAUUUUGGUAAAUUGUUUUGUCAGUCUUUACUUAACUUAAAACAGUAAUUUCUUUUCGAAAGAAGGCUAAGUUUAGGCAAACUAUUGGUGUAAUAUUUUCUUUGGUUUAUGCCCUCUUCAAACAUUUUUAAAACAAAUAGCGUAAAUUAUUUUUCACAUAUUCAUAAUUUGAUCGUUGUAAGUUUAAAUAAAGGCAGUUAUUAAACAUUAUAACCUUUUCUAAAACAACCCUUUAUUGCAAACAAUUUAUCAGUCUGUUGCAUAGUAAUUUACGAUCCUGACCACUUUCAGCAAAUCAUAAUCACCAUCAGUUAAAGGAACACCUCAGUAGUUAACAAUAUAUUUCACAAAUCUAGACCAUGGAUUGCUCCCAUCAAUUGCUCGCGUAACUAAAACUAAAGGCCGCCGGCGGUCAGGUGGAAUCGGGGGAUACAACCCGUGCCUGUUCGCCGGAUCGGGUCAACCAACAUAUUGCUCCGUAAAUACGUAAUACAAACAUUUAUAUAUGUACACAAUGCUAACGGUAUAAAUAAAGCACUUUUGUGUGGGCCAACGUUGA